UGUAUUCGUUCUUCCUGGACAGACGAAACGCACAAGAAAUAUCAGUUGUAUGAGUAAUGUGUUCGCUUCAUCUAUAAAAAAAGUUUUCUGUUCCUACAGAAACUGAAAUGUUUCAAUUUACGGGAGAACGCCAGGCGGAAAUGCAUCAGAGAGAGUGUGUCCCAGUCAACGAACACCAGAACAUCACGACUUGUCAACACUGGAUACAUUCGAAUUUUGAAAACGAGGGACCAUUUAACCCAUCAACACCAGUAAACAACUCUUCAGUUACUAGAAAUCUAUAUACCAGAAGAGCAGACCCCUUCUUACCAGAAAACCGCAUUCCCUUACCAAAAUUACACUCUAAUAAGACAGAAAACAUCGAUUAUGAAGUGAUCAGCAAUGGUGAAGGUCACGACAGCGCAUUCUUUUACGCACUACAGUCGCCAUCUAACGAGAGACGUAGAAACGAGAGGGAACGUCAGAGAGUUCGAAGCGUGAACGAGGGAUUUGAACGUCUCCGAAAAUUUCUCCCGAUAACUCAUCUGUGUCAGGACGAGACGGCGUAUGUGGUGGCAUCUACCAACAAAAUGAAGCGAUACCAGAAAAGACGGUUUAGUAAAGUGGAUGUGUUGCGGGCAGCCAUCGUGUAUAUAAAACACCUCCAGGGGCUUCUCAAAGAAGAACAACUGUGUAGAUAUUAACUUCUUUAUUUAUAAUUUAAUAACGCGUAUCCGUUUAUUAAUAUAUAAUUAAUUGAAAGUGGUCUACUUUAAGAUGUUCCUGAUGUAACGGAGUAAAAAUAUGAAAAAUCUCAAUACAGCCGGUUACAUGGGCGAGAUUUGAACAAUUUAUUUGUAAAUCUUUUGGAGGAUAUAAAAUAAAUUAUCUACCACCUAGUAACAAAGUAACAAAUAAUUUCACAGGCCUCGUUAAAUGUCGUGUCGAGUGUAUGUGGCCCACAGGCUGCCAGAUGGACGUCUAAAUUGCAAUUAUAUUUUCAUAAUAUCAAUAAAUACUUUAAACAAUAGUAUAAAAACAAAUAAAAUAACACAUUAAAAACAGUUUAUGGGAAGCCAACAUUGCGAUAAUAAAACAUCACGAAUGUGACUAAGUGCACAGAUGAUAUUUUAUUAUAAACAUAUUAUUAAUUUAUGAAGUGUUUUAAUGUAAUAUUUUACUAUGUGCCUCAAAUAGGGGUCUGAAGAUGUACUUUGCCACCUGAAACACGUAGCCCAGUGUCCAGUAACAUACAGUGAAAAAGCAUGUGGGCUCAUUAUUUUAAUACAUUUAUGUAUUCUGUUGUCUGAAGACUGCAAAAAAAGUAAACACAUUUAUACACGAUCUUGUAAAUGUAACAGAAGCAGAAACUGAGAGACGGGACAGAUCAGUAACGAGUAUUAACCCAGAAUAAUAUCAAGACACGCGAUUAUUGUCCGUAGAUUGGUAGU